AAUAAAUUUGAACUGUUCUCACCUGUAUUGAGCUAACUUUAUUGAGGUACUUUAUACAAGAAGCAACACAUUUGUGAGCUACACGAAGUCCAAGGAAAGAUGCCAUUGUUAUCACCAGGCUUUGCGAAAUUUGCAAAAUUAGUGAUAGUUUUUCUAAACUUCAUUUUGUUGUUAUUGGCCAUUGGACUAAUAGUGGUAUCUGGUGUUCUGUACAGAUCUGGUGAUAUUGCAUCCGAUAACAAAGUUAUCGUCCUGUUUGACCAGUUGACGAUAUCGUACGAGAUUACAGUGGGGUCAGUCAUUACCAGGAUAGUUAUAGGAAUACUGGUUGUGGGUAUCAUACUGCUCUUGGUAACUUUGUUUGGUUUCUUAGGAAUAUUUUACAGAUCUGUACCAGUAUUGGCUUUGUUUGGUAUUCUAGUGAUAAUGAUAUGUGGUUUUCAGAUCUUUGUAAUUUAUCUCUGGUUUAAGCUGAGGGACGAGGUUACUUAUACAGUUAAAAGCAAAAUGUUAUCUCUUUUGAGCCAAUACGAAGGGAAUACUAGUUCCAAGUCUAUCACACAAGCAUGGAAUAAUCUUUUCCUAUGGUUUGAUUGCUGUGGUGUGAAUCCUGUUACAGAAGUAGACGAUUUUCGUGGAACAGCGUGGAACACGACAAGAGGUGCGGAUAAAGUCCCCGGAUACUGCUGUAAGGAAGCACUAAAAAAUACUGCUGUUAGUUUAUCUGGGGCAACGUGCACUGUAAAUCCAACGUUAGAAAAUGCUUGGAUUGACAAGGGAUGCUACACAGCUGUUUCUGAUUAUCUGAAGAGCUACAGUGACGGAUUUCUUUCCUGUUCAUUUAUCAUCUUAUUCAUUGGGAUUUUUGUUGCAUUCUUGGCGUUUUUGUUCGCCUUUCACGAAAGAGGAAUGAGACGAAAACUGAAAAAUGCGACAAGGAGUGAAAAAGAACCAAUCGGAGCCUAUAUACCCGAGAGUAAUUGUAAUUGUGCUCCUUGUCAUGUUCAUGAUGUCUCACACAGAUGUACCUGUCCUCCGGUACAGCUUCCGAUGUGGUAUCCUCCAUAUAGUGGAUAUAUUCCUGCUCAAUCCGGAUAUUUUCCUGCUAGCUCUGUAAAUAUUCCACCUGUUUCCGGACAUUUAGCAAGAUGUGUACAAAGAUGGGAAAACCCUCCCACAUAUAGAUUCGAUCCUCGUUCUGUUCCUUCUGUACGAUUCCCACAACGUAAUUACACAGGUCAAGCAAGGAACGACUCCUAUUUGCAACCAACGAGCAAUUUUGCAGUCGACCCCCAAAUCUGGAAUCCGUACUAUUCUUACUACCCGUAUCCAUAUUUCUCUUAUGAUGAUAUGACUGACAAGCAAAGGAAAAAACGUCCAAAAGACUAUACCUAUUACUGGAACCCUUCUGAUGAUGCCCGUGAUCAGCUAUCGAUGAUACCCAGAAGAAAUAUAUAAAAUGAAGAACAGAUAUUCAGUGCUGUUAGAUGACAUUAAUUAAUAAAAGAAUAACUUUC